AUGGAUUAUCAAUACGAGCAAACUAGUGAGAUAGAGGCAUUAGAUUCGAUUUACUAUGGAGAUAUGCAAAUGCUACAGAACGAGCCAUUUUACAAAUUCAGCAUACCAAUUAAAUCUGAGGGCUUUGAUGACGGUGAUGGCUUAGCUUGUCAGCUGGUGUUCACUUAUACCCCCAAAUAUCCAGAAGAAUUACCUGUUGUGGAGAUAACCAAUGAUGAAAACUUUGAUGAUGUGGUUGAUAAGAAUGAAUUAUUAAAACAUUUAGCAGAGCAGGGUAAGGAAAAUCUUGGAAUGGUCAUGGUGUUCACCUUAGUCUCAGCUGGACAAGAGUGGUUAAAUGAAAAGUGGGACUUCAUAAAAAAGCAGAGAGAAGAGCAAAUUUUAGCUAAGAAAAAAGCAGAUGAAGAAGCUGAACAGAAAAGGUUUGAAGGGACAAGAGUGACAGUUGAAUCAUUCUUGGCAUGGAGAAAGCAGUUUGAAAUGGACAUGGGUAUUCCAGCAAAACGGGAGAAAGAAUUAAAAGACAGAAACAAAUUAACAGGCAGGGAACUAUUCCUCAGAGAUACCACACUUAAUGAAUCUGACUUGAAAUUCCUUGAUGAUGGAGAUGCUGUAAAAGUAGAUGAAUCACUAUUCCAAGACUUAGACGACCUAGACAUAUCAGAUGAGGAUGAUGAAGAUUAUAUUCCUGGUCAGAGUGGAAGUGAGAGUGAUUAG